AGAAUUUGACCAAUGAGAAGUCAGCUUAUUCUGGCUGCACGUGCUUCGUAGGUGUAUGAUACUUUUACGCCAAAACACUAGCCUAGAAUAUGACUUUUCAAAAAGUUGGACCAUUUGAAAUCUUUAGUUGGUCUGUUGCUGGAAAUGAGACGUGUGUUGCUGUACAAAGUAAAGACAGAGUGUUUGGUUUCGAUAUUGGAUUUUCACCUAGACCCAUGGUGUUAGCUGAUUACAUAUUCAUUAGCCAUGGGCAUGCAGAUCAUAUUGGAGCGAUUACUCAACAUAUGAAAAAGCGAGCUUUAAAUAAAUUAGGCAAAGCUACAUAUUUUAUGCCAAAACACUUAGUCCCGUUGAUAACUACUGUCUGCGAUGCUUACACAAUUAUGUCUGAGAAAACUGAUUCAGAUUUUGUCGGUAAUCUUAUUCCCGUGGAGUCUGGAGGUGAAUAUGAGUUGUUAGAUGGUUGGCGGGUUGUUGUACUCUCAACUGAUCAUGCUAUCGCUAGUGUGGGUUAUUUACUGUAUAGACAAGAUUCCAGUGGAAAAGCAGUUCCUGAAAUCGCCUAUUUAGGUGAUUCUAGAUUUACUGUUCUACAAUCGGCAAAGUCCAUAUGCCCAGAUCUUUUAUCAACACGUUUAUUGAUAAUGGAAGCGACAUUUUUAGAUAAUCCAGAUAGGAGAAUUGAUAGUGCUAAGUCGCAUGGUCAUACUCAUUUAGAUGAAAUCCGUCAAAAUGCUUCUUUGUUUAAGUCAAUCGAUUACCUAUACUUGAUCCACUUCUCAGAUAGAUACAGUUUUAACGAUAUUGUCCGUCUUUGUCAAAAGGAAAUGCCUAGCUGGUUAGCGGAUCGUAUUAUACCGUCAGUGUUUGCUAAACGGUGUCUUGAACUGCGUUUGUAAUCUCAUGAUCUCAUGAAUUACUAUAAUUUUUUUUAUUCCUUAAUUUUAUACUCUGUCCUCAAAAUAUGCACAAAAUAUUUUGAUUCUUUCUUUUUUUUAAGCAGAAAUUAGAUUAUGGAAUUUAUUCAUA